AUGGACGAAUUCUACUUCGGGGCCGAUACGAAAGCGGAAGCCCUGGAAAAGCAGCAACAGUUAGGAGGUCUUUGCAAGGCGGGCGGCUUCCCCCUGAAGAAGUGGACAGCCAACUCUACCGAACUACUCGAGAACAUACCCGAGGACGAUCGCUUGCCACGCCAGUCUCGCGCCUGUACAGACGAGCGGAUCACUCAUUCUGCGCUGGGACUUCUUUGGGAUCCGCUGGGGGACUGCUUCUUUUUUGCCGUCAAACCACCGGCGGAGGGUGCCGUGACGAAGCGCUCAAUUCUAUCCCAGACUGCCCAGCUCUUUGAUCCACUCGGCUGGCUCACUCCAACGAUCGUUCUCGCGAAGAUCUUCAUCCAGUCCGCGUGGCUAUUGGGCCUUGACUGGGAUGAACCUUUACCGGAAAACGGACCAGCUCGAUGGAUUAAAUUCAAGGCGGAGCUGCCGGUGCUCUUAAACAUAAGAGUCCCAAGAGCGCUAGCCAAGGGAACAACGAAUUACCUGAGGACGGUGCACGGCUUCGCUGAUGCGUCAGAGCGCGCGUACGCUGCAGUGCUCUAUCUGAGAGCUGAAGGCGAGGACGGCGAGAUCAAGGUAACACUGAUCACUGCGAAAAGUAAAGUUGCUCCUCUUAAGCAGGUGACCUUGGCGAGACUGGAACUCAGCGCGGCGGAGCUCUUGGCGAGACUCGCGAGACACUCGGUGGACGUUCUACGCCUGCAGGAUCUACCGCUGCACCUAUGGACGGAUUCAAGGGUGACUCUCGGUUGGAUUCAAGGACAUCCAUCGCGGUGGAAGACUUACGUAGCCAAUCGAGUCGCCGAAAUUCAGCGCUUAGUGCCAGAAGCCCAAUGGAAACACCUCCCUGGACGUUGCAACCCUGCGGACUGUGCAUCUAGAGGUCUGUUUCCCAGUGAGCUAGUCAACCACGAACUAUGGUGGCACGGUCCGAGCCUCUUGCAUGAAGGAGCAAACUCGGCAGCAGUGGAACAGAUCGAAGCACCCGACGAGUGCCAAACAGAGCAGCGAGCGCACACGUUGACCACAUCCACUGGAGAACCCCCCGAGGAACAUCCAAUGCUAUCACAGUACUCGACACUCCAUAAACUCCUGCGAGUCACUGCCUGGUGUCGACGAUGGUUACCUCGAGAGCACCAGUCGAAUGGAAACGGCCGCCGAGAUCCAGGAGAGGCGCACCGUCGUCCCUUAUCCGCCACGGAGAUCGACGACGCAGAAAAAUUGUGGAUUCGCCAUGUUCAAGCUAUUCACUACAAAAGGGAACUAUCUUUAAUUGCCGUAGAUUUCAAGGUUGACUGCAAGGGAUCACUUACCAAGCUCUCCCCGCUGCUGGACAAAGAAGGAAUGCUGAGAGUGGGAGGCCGCCUACGACAUGCAACCCUCUCCUUCGACGAGAAGCACCCAAUUAUUUUGCCUCCUCUAUCGGCUCUCACCAAGUUAAUUAUUGAAGCCUGUCACAGGAGAGCACUGCACGGAGGGACGCAACUGACACUCGGUAUCGUACGCCAGCGUUACUGGAUACCACGUGGACGCAACCUGACGAAACAAUGCAUCCGUCGCUGUAUCACUUGUGUGCGAUGGCGGGCGGCAUUGGCCGAACAGAAGAUGGCCGAUCUGCCUCGACCACGAGUAACUCCAGCGAGGCCGUUCCAAUACACAGGCGUCGAUUAUGCAGGACCGAUAUUUCUGAGGACAGCGCCCGGACGGGGCCACAAGGCGAUCAAGGGCUUUUUGGUGGUCUUCGUCUGCCUAAGCACGCGGGCGGUGCCGAUGCCGAACUCCGCAAACUCUUUUCCGCUAGCACGAAGGAAGGACGAUCCAUCGCAGAGGAGAUGGCCAACAACAGAGUACGAUGGCGAUUCAAUCCCCCUGGAGCUCCACACUUCGGCGGUCUGUGGGAGGCAGUGGUUAAAUCAGCCAAGCACCACCUGCGAAGGGUCCUCGGCGAUGCCACACUUACCUACGAAGAAAUGA